AAGCUUCUCAAUUUUUUUUCCUAAUGUUUUUGUUGACAUGUAAAAAUUGUUAGUUAAUGUAUUUAUUAAAAUAACUUCAUAACUAGUUAUGUUGUUUCUGUUUUUUUGCUAAACUCAACAGUAUUAAUAAUUUUCACAAUACCUUUUAUUGGUAAUUUUGAUGUAAUUCCUAGAUGAGUAAACUACACAAAGAAAAAUCAGUGAGUGAUUGGAGCAUAGACGAUGUUGCAGUUUGGCUAGAAGAUGUCAACCUUGGUAUCUAUAGAGAGCUGCUGUGUUGUCAGCAUAAAAUUGAUGGUGUAGCGCUGCUAUCUCUUGAUGAAGAUGACUUAAGAAAACCACCCGUGCAAAUGACCAUAUUAGGAGACAUAAAGAGGUUAUCGUUUUUGAUUGGCAGGCUACGUUCCAACAAUGACAAAAUUCUUUAUGAAAAUUUUCGGUUUAACAAUCAAUUACUUAGUCCUAAAAAAAAGAAAAGGCCGAAGUUUGAGUCGAUAUCUGAUGAUGAAUCGUUCACUACUGAUUAUCCUGAUGGGGUCGACCCUAGAAAGCUUAGUCCACUCGAGGAAGAAAUUAAAAAUGCAAUUGUUUCUGAGUCAUUUAGAACUUUUAUAAGUUUUUUGUAUGCUUUCCUUGUGUUUCUUCUUGCCUCAUUUACAUUAGCUGUUGUUCACGAUAGACUACCAGACUCGACAGCUUUUCCGCCAUUACCAGAUGUUUUCCUCGAAAAUAUACCAUUGAUGCCAUGGGCGUUUCAUCUUUGUGAGAUAUGUGCUGGAAUUUUGUGUUUGUUUUGGUUUUUAAUCAUUGUGUUUCACAAGCAUAGACUAGUUGUGUUUCGCAGAUCAUGUGCAAUAUCUGGUACCAUAUUCCUGUUGAGGUGUUUUACCAUGUAUGUGACGUCAUUGAGUGUUCCUGGUACACAUUUAAAAUGUUCUCCAACGAAAUAUGGAACAUUUGAAAAUCGAGCAAAAAGAGCAUUGGAGAUCUUUAGUGGGUUUGGCAUGGCUAUUCAAGGUGUUCGUACGUGUGGCGAUUACAUGUUCAGUGGUCACACUGCAACCUUGACCUUGUUAAAUUUUUUUGUCACUGAAUACACCCCUCGACGUUGGUAUUACCUCCACACUCUCUGCUGGUUGUUAAAUAUGUUUGGUGUUUUUUUUAUCCUUGCCGCGCACGAGCACUAUUCUAUAGACGUUCUCAUCUCAUUCUACAUAUCGUCUCGAUUAUUCAUGUACUAUCACACGCUAGCCAGUGCGGUUCAAGUUCGAACGAGCGACGAAAAGAGAAGACGCAUAUGGUUUCCUAUGUUUUGGUUUUUCGAGUAUGGUUGUCCACUAGUUAUACCCAACGAAUUCGAAUGGCCGUUUACUUUUAAGAAAUUGAGACAAUGCUUUGGAUCGCUAGAAAAGAAAAAGAGAUAGUUAGGAAGUAUAAUCGAUAAAUCGCUAGA